AUGUCCACAGGUUGCAGCGUCAUGCUCCCGGCCGGACUGGGCCUCCCUACCAGAUGCCGCGCUGCUGCUGGCGCCAGGGCAGAUGCAACGGUAGCAGUAGCAGCGCCGGUCGCUGCGGUGUCGACGGCAGUAGCGGCGCCUGAUGGUUGCGCUGUCGGUUGGGAGCGAUUGGGCCUUGUGGGGUUUCCCGCCCUGGAGGAUCUGACGCUGGCUGGCGUGUUGUCGUACAGGAUGCUUCUGGAAGCAGCCCAGGUGACCUCGCUGCGGCGGCUGUCCCUGGAGGGUAGGGCCCACGUGGAGCGAUCUGAGUUUGUCUACGUGGCGGCACUGCGUAGGCUCUCGGCUCUUACGAACCUUCAGGAUCUGACCAUACACGGACCGCUAUUCGCUUGUGCCAGCGGCGGUACGGGCAGCGGGGCCGGGGGAUCUUGUCGUCUUGAUUGUGCCGCCGCCGUCGCCGGCCUUUCCGCCGCCCUGACGGCCCUCACCAGCCUCCGCCUGGCCAGUGAGAUACCCGUCACGGGAGCCGCAGCCGCCGCCGCCGCCGUCAUCAACCGCGGCGGCGACGUCGGCGCUGACGGCGGUGGCAAUGCGCGGUCGUACGUGCCGUGCAGCUGGCGGGCAUUGGAACCCAUCUCCCGAUUUAGCCGUCUGAGGCAGCUUGUACUGCAGGAGCAAGGGCGACUGUACGACAACUUCUGGGCGGAUUUGGCGGACCUGCGGGGUGUAGAUGGCGACGACGGCGGCGGGACAGCAGUCGGCCGGGGUGGUGACGGCUUGGGACUGGAUUGCGUGGGCUCCACAGGUUUGCGGUCUCUCCGCUUGGCUGCGGCCUCCUCCGGUAUCCUGGGCGAGAUACCGCUGGCACUUGGCUGCCUCACGCAGCUGCACCUGACCGGGAUACACCUGGACUCCUUUUCCCUCCUAACUCGGUUGAGGCGGCUGACAGACCUGAGGCUGGCGCCCCUCCCUGGUGCGGUUCUGGACUCAGUUCGCAGUCACAAUGUAAGUCACCUGGCCUCGCUGGGGGGCCUUACUCGUCUGCAGCUGGGGGCUAGCGCCCCGGGGGACGAGGACGAGGAGGAGGAAAGGGAGGAGGAGGAAAGGGAGGAACGGGAGCAAGGAGAGCUGGCAGCAGGGGCAGCUUGCAGCGGCACUAGCUCUGUCACGCGAGGAAGGGGAAGCGGCGACGGGAGGCUGCCGUCGACAGCGACGGCGGCGGCAGCAGCGGCGGCUGUGGGCGGUUGCAGCUUGGAUGCAGCUUGCGGUGGUACCCAACUGCUGCUCAAUGACGCCAGACUGCAGGCGCUCUCAGGAGGCUGUCGGCGACUGGCCGUGUUUGUAUUCGCAGGUACCUUGCAGCUGUCAGACUGUGGGGUGGCGGCGCUGGGUGCCCACAUGACCCACCUCACACAGCUGACCCUACACAACGACAGCGACGCCCCCGCCACCAUCUCCCUCCACCUGCUGCCGCCAUCGGUGAAGAAACUCAGCCUAUUCGCCGUCACGCUGACGGCAGCGACGGCGCCGCCGCCGCCGCCAGCUUCGCCGCUGCUGCCUCGUUGUCGCGUGCUACAUCUGGACUACUGCCGGUUUGGUGUUCCGUUUUGGCGGCUACUGCCGGCCGUGGGGGUUCGUCUGGAGGAGCUACGACUGCAGCACCGGCGCGCGGGGGAGCUUCAAAUGGCGGAUGCGGUGGCGGUGUGCUGCCUGUCUGGUGUGGUGGAGGACUACACUCUCACCCGCAUGCUGUCACGCAGUACGGCAGCAUACACAUUACCCACCACUAGUACUACGGCGGCAGCCACACCGCCUUCCAACACCUCCACCUCUCAUGCACCUCCCCAAGCGCCCACGGGAUCGCUGACGUCAGCAGUGCUGCCGCCCCUGACGCCGCGAUCACGCCCCGUGGCGCCCCUCACCAGCCUGUCGCUGCGGCUGCCCUCCACCCCCCUCUCCUUGGAGAACCUUCGUGCCGUGGGCCGCCUAGUCAACCUGCGCACGCUGUACUUGGAUGCGCCUCCACCGCGGAGUGAGGUGGCGGGGCUGAUGGCUGGGGAGCUGCGGGGGCUGGCGGGCCUUACGGCGCUGACCUUAGGGCCCGUGUACAGCAACAACUGCAGAUGCAGUGCGGCGCUGCUGGCGGCGCUGGGGCAGCUGCAGGCGGCGCUUCUCACUUGCAGGAUACAGCAGGCGGGGAGUUGA